AGGGCCUACUGAGGCUGGGGAGCUCUGCUUACCAUACGGAGAACCACAGAGAGGACAGCAACCUCUCUGGACCUUAGUCAGGAGGGGUCCCCAAAUGCUAUGAGGGCAGCCUCCUGGGAUGGGCUUAGCCCACUCAAGGGAAGCCUCAGCCACCCCCACUCUCUCCUGAUGUCUUGGACCCCCCUCCUGUUUCCAGGUGGAAGGAGAGCUUUCUGGGCACAGCUCCCUGCCAGGGCCCUCUCCAGAAACCUCUCACAGUCUCCCCAGGACCCCAGAUGUGAUCAGAUUUGGGAGCCCAGGGACAAGUAAGUUGGGGAAGGGAGAGGCAGGCAAAGGAUGCCAGUCAGGACAGUGCCAGCUCUGGAGCUGCUGUCCAGGACCUACCUGCAGGGAAGGCGGGUACCAGCCGGCCCCAACCAGCCAUUGUUGACUUAACAGGUGGCUCUGAGGUGGGAGAAGAGGAGGAGGAGAACACACCACUGGAAAACUGGUUCCCAUUGGUCCCUGUCAUGCUUAAAAGAGGCCCAGAGAGGCAGUCUGGACACCUCAGAUCCCAGGAUCUCCAAGGAUUUGGUGGCAUACCCACUCCAGCACACAGAGGCAUGAGGUUCAUGACUCUCCUCUUCCUGGCAGCUCUGGCAGAAGCCCUGGUCUGUGCCUAUGACGAAGAGGCUGCCUCUGCCCCAGGAGCAGGGAACCCUUCCCAUAAGGUAUCAGCAGCUCAAGAGGAAAAUGCAGGUGAAGACCCAAGGUUAGCCAGACAGCCACCAAAGCUAAGGAGGCAGAGAUCCAGCCUUCUGGAAAAAGGCCUAGAGGCAGCAAAAAAAGCUUUGGGAGGAGUUGAAAACCUAGCAAAAGACGCAGUUGACGAUCUAGAAAAUAUAGGUAAAGGUAAGUACGUCCCCACUGCUCCCUCAGGACCAGCCUCAGCCUCCACCCCUUGCAUGAGACCUGAAACUGCCACAGCCCCCGCCAUUGACACUGAAGACCCCUCACUGUGCUUUCAAAUGUCUCCAAUAUCUCAUGCGGAUUUAAAUGGCCAUUCUUGUCUGAUAUUGAUUCUCCCUGCGAUCUAA